UACUUUUUUGGUAUAUAUUCGGUUAUUUAGCUCAAUGUUUACCAAAGGGGCGAGGUAAUCCGAAUGUGGUGGUCAAUGUAAACAACAUGGCUUCCACUAAAACAUUCGACAUGUCAAUGCUUCACAAAGAACUGAAACGUCCACUUAACCCGAAUCAAGGAAAAAAUCCCCAACAGCGGUAUACUAUAGAGGAAUUUCAUAACAGAAGUAAAUUAUUCCCAUGUACACAAACAAACAAACUCUUUCAAAAGAGUCCAAACCCUUCAGUUCAAGAUGGGAAGCAGGAAACCAACGAACUAAAACUGAUAUCACACCGUCCUCCAUCAGCAGCGAAAAAAUCUAACAGGGUGCAAAGUGCAAAAUGCAGAAUAGAAGGAAACUGGAAACUAGACAACAAUGACAGUAACCACGGACUGUCUCACUCAAAGUUAAAUUCUAGUCAUCUCAAAUCAGCCUCCAACAACAAAGGAAAAGACAGUUACUGUAGUGAAGAUCAUGAUAAACAAAUAAUUCCAUUUCAUGGAAAACCUAUGCCCGUUUUUGAUGUUGGUGACAAUGCUCCAUUUCCUACGUACAAUUUUCAAGAGAAGAAAAAUAUGAAAUAUGUUGGCAAAUAUGACAAGCCUUUUACAUUUAAAAACGAAGGAAAUUUGAUUGACUUUAAGGAAUAUGUAACUGUUCCUGAUGAAGAAAAUCAGCCAGCUGUUAAAGUAAAAGCAAGACCUUCAUCUGCAAAAUGCUCAAGGGUAAAAACAGACAACACAGAAAAUAUCAUACCUGUUGUUUUUAACUUAGCCACAAACCAGCAGGUGUAUGGUGAAGAGACUGAUUCAAAAUGUAGUUCAAAUCAAGAAACCUGUUAUAAAUUAGCAACCAGUGAUGGUUUGUUAAAUAAAUUCCACAAGGAGGAAGGAAUUAAAAGAUCAACACCACAAAGUCUGGAUGAUAUCAUGCCAUGGUUAUCAGAUUGCUACACAAAAGAGGACCUUGGUAUUGACCCCUCACGCUGUUUGGUUUUUCUACCAUCCCUCAGUGCUAACAGCUACAAAGAUUUACCUGUGGUUCCCUCUCCUCAAUCAGCUAAAGAAGAUCUGCCAUACAAGGAAAAAGUCAAGCCUCCAUUAGUUAACAAAAAAUACAGUCAUCCAUCAUGGAAAAAGAAACACAGAGUUGAUGACUGGGCAUGCAGCCAUACUAAACCAGAGUCAACAUGCUAUGGCUUCGAUUAUGGGAUAAUGGAGACGAGAACAGCUGCUGUAAUACGCAAAGAAAUUGAAGAUCUCGAAAAUCUAAUGAAAGGGAUUGGUAACAUGGACAGUGACUGUAUGAUGGUUAGGUAUCAAGCUGAGAUCGAAAAGUUCAGACAGACAUACAGGGACACCAUGGCUCUAGUCCCAGACAGACUCCUCCAUUCCCCAGUACCAGUAGACACGUUUGGACUCCGGCAGUUCUAUCGGGAACACGAUGAGAUCAUGCUUGAAAUACGACGCCAACACUCUCUGUGUAUUCAGGAGCUUGCGCAGUUAGAGACAGAAGUAGAAAUUGAGAGUGACAGAAAGUACUUUAAGCACGUGAUUCCUAACUGACCAAU